AUGGAGAUGCCGGAUGAUCCUCUUUUGGAUACUUCUGGUGAUGAGGCCCCAGCUAAUAUAGAGCUGGCAGCUCUACAGAGGGACUAUCCCUGUUUACACCGACGGCUCACAAGUCGGAUGGUAGUCUCCCCAUUAUGGUGUUUAUUUUACAGCAGAACUUUCAGAAUAAAAAAGAAAAAAGAGAAGGCAAAAAGAGCUGGUAAUAAGGAAGAUGAAGAGGAGGGGGAGGAAGAAGAAAAAGAUGAUGACCAAGAUGAUGACAGUGAUGUUGAUGAUGAUGUCACUCAAAAUAUCAUUGAUGAAUUACCAGACCCAGAUAAGUAUUACAGCAAUGAUUUAGAAGAUGGAGAAGAGAAUAACAAGUAUGACUCGCACAGUAGUGAUGGGGAGAGUAGCAGUGAAGUGAGCGAGUCUGAAGAAGAGGAAAUGCCCAAGAUUAGUGGAAAGAGACGUGCUCGGGACAGCACGUGAGGCCAAACGUGCAAGGCUAGAGCAAGCCAAUACUCUUGAAGCUCUGCCGAUGAAUGAGCAGGAAGAACUAGCAUUGUUCCUCCUGCGUGGUAAAACAUAUUAUGGUAAGUACCUUUUAAUAUACAGUAUAUUUCUUGUACAAAUCUUCUAAUAAAAUCACAGAUCAGCGACAUUUCUUGAACUGAUGGGCUAGUCUGCCAAUUCAGUAAUCUGUUCUAUGUUUACAUUCGUUUCCAGUGGAGUAAAUAUCAAGAAAAUUGUGCUAUUUAAUAUUUGUGAAUUUUCUAUAAUAAAAUUAUUGGUCAUAUAGUGGAUUCCUCCCCUACAAACGCUGUUUGUCGCCGAGUAGC